AUGGCUGGAGCCAUAAUGAUCGUCAAUGGUAAAUUAAGCAGAAACGAUUAUUGCAAUUUGAAAUCGUGUUCAAAAGGGACUCACACCAUGUGCCUAUUCUCUCCCGAGACUUUUGCAUCUCGAUGUGGCAAGGUUUCCUCUUCGGGCAUGACUGCUGCGGAAAUACAAGAAGUAGUUGAUUUGCAUAAUGAGUUCAGAGCAAAAGUAGCAUCGGGGCACGAAAAGCGUGGAAGACCAGGUCCUCAACCGGCUGCCAGCAACCUUGGGCCAUUGACGUGGAAUCCGGAGCUCGCAAAGAUAGCACAAACUUGGGCCAAUCAAUGUAAUAUUAAAGCUGGCACAGCUCACGACGAAUGUCGCAACGACGAACAUGGUUAUGUUGGGCAAAAUAUGGCUCUAGGACCAUCUUCUUGGGAUCUCUCCGCGCUGGUUAGUCAUUGGUACAACGAAGUUGAAGCCUUCGAUAGGCGAGAAGUCAAAGCUUAUACAGGGAAGAAUUUAAUGAAAACCGGACACUACACCCAGUUGGUCUGGGCCGAAACAACAGAAAUAGGUUGUGGAGUUACCCGUUUCCAUCAUCCAAUCGAAGGAUACGAAAUUACUCUUCUCAUAUGUAACUACGGUCCUGGAGGCAACAUUGGAAACUACCCUAUAUACCAGUCACGUUAACAUUUGUCAAUGAGAAAAUAAGAACAUUUAUCUUAUGCUUUGAAAUGUUAUGAAA